CGGAGUUGUUCUCUCCCUUCAAAGCUACGUCGGAACAGGGGUGGGGACUACCGGACCAUCAUCACGCUGCAUGCCAGUCUCACACACGGAUGCUUCUCCUCCGUGUUUUCUGGGAAAUUUCUCGCAGAUUAGGAACAGGACGGUUCAGACGGGUCUGCCACGAAGGGCCAGUUUUUCAUCUUUGUGGCACAAAGAGAAGCCGAGCGCGCUGUGCUCUCUCGCAGCCUGGCAACUCCACUCUCUACUUCAGCACCGCGGACAGCGCCGCCGCCGCCGCCACUCAUGGGGAGCCUGAUUCCCGCGACUCCGCACCGGAUCCCGGUCAUCUAGAGGAGGGACAAGCCCGUGCAUCCUCCCGUCAAUGUUGGGGAACAGCGCCUUUAAAACCAUGCAACGCCGGCACACCACGUUAAGGGAGAAGGGUCGGCGCCAGGCCAUCCGGGGCCCUGCGUACAUGUUCAACGAGAAGGGUACCAGCCUGACGCCCGAGGAGGAGCGCUUCCUGGACUCGGCCGAGUAUGGCAACAUCCCGGUGGUCAGGAAGAUGCUGGAGGAGUCCAAGACCCUCAACUUCAACUGCGUGGACUACAUGGGGCAGAACGCGCUGCAGCUGGCCGUGGGUAACGAGCACCUGGAGGUGACGGAGCUGCUGCUCAAGAAGGAGAACAUGGCACGCGUGGGGGACGCGCUGCUCCUGGCCAUCAGCAAGGGCUACGUGCGCAUCGUGGAGGCCAUCCUCAACCACCCGGCCUUCGCGCAGGGCCAGCGCCUGACGCUCAGCCCGCUGGAGCAGGAGCUGCGAGACGACGACUUCUACGCCUACGACGAGGACGGCACGCGCUUCUCGCACGACAUCACGCCCAUCAUCCUGGCGGCGCACUGCCAGGAGUACGAGAUCGUGCACAUCCUGCUGCUCAAGGGCGCGCGCAUCGAGCGGCCCCACGACUACUUCUGCAAGUGCGCCGAGUGCGCCGAGAAGCAGCGCAAAGACUCCUUCAGCCACUCGCGCUCGCGCAUGAACGCCUACAAAGGGCUGGCCAGCGCCGCCUACCUGUCCCUGUCCAGCGAAGACCCUGUCCUCACCGCGCUGGAGCUCAGCAACGAGCUGGCCAGACUAGCCAACAUUGAGACUGAAUUCAAGAAUGAUUACAGGAAGUUAUCUAUGCAAUGCAAGGAUUUUGUGGUGGGCGUGCUGGACCUCUGCCGGGACACAGAAGAGGUGGAAGCGAUUUUAAAUGGUGAUGUGAACUUUCAAGUCUGGUCCGACCACCACCGCCCGAGUCUGAGCCGGAUCAAACUCGCCAUUAAAUACGAAGUCAAGAAGUUCGUUGCUCAUCCUAACUGUCAGCAGCAACUGCUUACCCUGUGGUAUGAGAACCUCUCAGGCUUACGUCAACAGUCUAUCGCUGUGAAAUUCCUGGCUGUCUUUGGAGUCUCCAUAGGCCUCCCUUUUCUCGCCGUAGCCUAUUGGAUUGCUCCCUGCAGCAAGCUAGGACGAACCCUGAGGAGCCCUUUCAUGAAGUUUGUGGCCCAUGCAGUGUCUUUUACAAUCUUCUUGGGAUUGCUAGUGGUGAAUGCAUCGGACCGCUUUGAAGGCGUUAAAACUCUGCCCAAUGAGACCUUCACAGACUACCCCAAACAGAUCUUCAGGGUGAAGACCACCCAGUUCUCCUGGACAGAGAUGCUCAUCAUGAAGUGGGUCUUAGGAAUGAUUUGGUCCGAAUGCAAGGAAAUCUGGGAGGAGGGCCCACGGGAGUACGUGCUGCACCUGUGGAAUCUUCUAGAUUUCGGAAUGCUGUCCAUCUUCGUGGCCUCCUUCACGGCUCGGUUCAUGGCCUUCCUCAAGGCCAGUGAGGCCCAGCUGUACGUGGACCAGUACGUCCAGGACGUCACCCUGCACAACGUCUCGCUGCCUCCCGAAGUGGCAUACUUCACCUAUGCCAGGGACAAGUGGUGGCCUUCCGACCCUCAGAUCAUCUCAGAAGGGCUGUACGCCAUCGCCGUUGUGCUGAGCUUCUCCCGCAUCGCCUAUAUCCUGCCAGCCAAUGAGAGCUUCGGGCCCUUGCAGAUCUCCCUGGGGAGAACUGUGAAAGAUAUCUUCAAGUUCAUGGUCAUUUUCAUCAUGGUAUUUGUGGCCUUCAUGAUCGGAAUGUUCAACCUGUACUCUUACUACCGAGGUGCCAAGUACAACCCAGCGUUUACCACGGUUGAAGAGAGUUUCAAAACCUUGUUUUGGUCCAUAUUUGGCUUAUCUGAAGUGAUCUCGGUGGUGCUGAAGUAUGACCACAAAUUCAUCGAGAACAUCGGCUACGUUCUCUACGGCGUGUAUAACGUCACCAUGGUGGUUGUACUGCUCAACAUGCUGAUAGCCAUGAUCAACAACUCCUAUCAGGAGAUUGAGGAAGAUGCUGAUGUAGAAUGGAAAUUUGCCCGAGCGAAACUCUGGCUGUCUUACUUUGAUGAAGGAAGAACUCUACCUGCUCCCUUUAAUCUAGUGCCAAGUCCCAAAUCAUUUUAUUAUCUCAUAAUGAGAAUCAAGACGUGCCUCAUAAAACUCUGCAAAUCUAAGGCCAAAAGCUGUGAAAACGACCUUGAAAUGGGCAUGCUGAACUCCAAAUUCAGGAAGACACGCUACCAGGCUGGCAUGAGGAAUUCUGAAAAUCUGACAGCAAACAACACCUUCAGCAAGCCCACCAGAUAUCAGAAAAUCAUGAAACGGCUCAUAAAAAGAUAUGUCCUGAAGGCCCAGGUGGACAGAGAAAAUGACGAAGUUAACGAAGGUGAACUGAAAGAAAUCAAGCAGGAUAUCUCCAGUCUGCGCUAUGAGCUCCUGGAAGAGAAGUCCCAAGCUACUGGGGAGCUGGCCGACCUGAUCCAACAGCUCAGUGAGAAGUUUGGAAAGAACUUAAACAAAGACCACCUGAGAGUGAAUAAAGGCAAAGACAUUUAGUGUGGCCUGAUGGGCACCUCUACCAGCAUUCCAAACCAGGCUGGGUGAUCCGGCCCCAGCCCCGGUGGGGAGGGGCAGUCCCAGUCCACUCCUCUGGGACUCAAGGGGUUCCACCGGCUCCAUCCUGAGCACAUGGCUGACAUCUCCAGCCCAGGACCUGCCUGGACCCAGAAUGGUGAAACGACACUGCUGGGAAAGAAAAGCUGCUCAGAAGAGAGGGAGAAAUGCCACCAACACAAGACACCUCCUGUCUGGCCUCGGUGAAAUGCGUCCCUGUGGCCAGGGAAGGACAAGGCCAUCUUGGACGCACACGCGUGUCCUCCAACUGCACUCAGGACCACAGCUCUGGCUGUGUCCUGGGAAGUCAACCCACCCAACCUCAUGAGCCCCUUCUCUUUUCCUCCCUGCCACACACCCAUCCAACCAGAACCCGGAGGUGACCUGUGAUCUAUUCUUAAGUGCCAGAUAAGAACCCAGAUAGCCUACUAGCAAAUAGUUCUAUUUGUUUAUAUAAAAAAGUUUAAAAAUCCUAAAUCAAAAAUUGUA